GGAAAGGUUUGUCUAGUUCUUGAGGGUGAAUUGUUCCAAAUGAGGUGUAGCAAUCAUGUAUUGCAUUUAAUUGUAUUAUGUGGAAUGAAAGUAGUUGUUCCAUUUAUAGAUGCAAUUAGAGAGUGUGUGAAAUAUUUCAGGUCAAGUCAGGCUAGAAAAGAGAGGUUUACAAAUGCUAUGGCCAAAGUUAAGCUUGCUGGAAGGAGUGGCAACAAGGAAUACAUAUAUGUUAACUUUUGGAACUAUUUGAUGCCAUUUCUACCAAAUUUGGAGGCAACAAGUAUCCCACAACAAAUUUGUAUUAUAAUGGGGUGCAAGAGGUUAAUAAAUGCAUUAAGGAAUGGGAAAAUAUAUAGUGAACAUGAUUAUAUCAGAGAUAUGGGAUUGAAUAUGAGGGGAAAGUUUGAUAGCUAUUGGAAAGAAAGUAACAUGUUGAUGGGCAUUUGAGUUGUUUUAGAUCCUAGGUAUAAGGCUAAAUAGUAGAGUUUGUUCUUAAGACAGUAAAUGGUGUGCACAGCUAUCAAAGUCACUAUAACUCAAUGCACUUUUCUCUUAUUAUGAAUCCAACACUACAACUCCAGAUUAUUUUGAUAACUCAUCUAGUGGAAUGAGUUCAGCAACAACUGCAUUUAAUAUUUCUACAACAACAACAA